AUGGCCCUCCGUCUCCAGUCUCUCACCUCCCCUUGUGCCCGGCUGCUGCUACUCCUUGCCGCCCUUGCAGCACCCGGCGUCGUGGCCAAUGUCGAAAAGGUCAUCUUCACCGGCCCGGCCCCGGCCAACAUCCCCCUGGUCAAGCCCUCCCUCUCCGACCUCAACCUCGACUCCCUCACCCCGGAGAGCUCCGUCAUUCGGACGAACCUGAGUCGCGCCUUUCCCUCGGGCCCGGAUCCCCGCGGGACCUCGGCCUGGCUUCUCCUCGACCACCUCGCCGAGGGCCAGAGGUACGAGGUGCGCGUUUGCUGGGCUGCCAUUGAACCUACCAGCUUUUCUCUACAUGUCCACGAGCUAGAAACAGUUUGGGGGAGUCCGGAGCUUAUACAGUCCCUAGCUGGCUAUGCCUCCAACCGUCAGACAGACUCCAUCGUGGUGGACAAGCAAGAGUCCGAGGCCCGCCGGUCGGCAGCCCAAGAGCGGAAAGCGUCAGUCCUGUUCCUCCACGUUCAAGCUGCCGCCGACUACUUCACCGACGACGUCAGUCUCAUGGCACAUCCUCCGCCGGUCUUAGUUGACCUCAUCCUGGACCCGUUUAUAUACAACGUGAUUCCUCACUCGCUCAUCCCAACUGCCGGAUAUCUUGUCCUGGUCGGCGUCGUCACUUGGUUUCUAGCCCGGUGGAUUUCCUCGAGUCUCCAGUCUGUUGCAGGACCCCCCAGGCGACAUGCAAAGAAGCGCGACUAA